GGUGGGUCUCCACCGAGGUCAGGAACAGCCCUGGUUCGAAUCCUGCUCGUGGACAUCAAUGACAACGCUCCUGAAUUUGUGAACAGCCCCUAUGAGGUGCAAGUCCUAGAGAGCAGUCCCCCAGAGUCCCCAAUCCUGACUGUCUUAGCACGGGAUGCAGAUGCUGGCAACUUUGGGAGAGUUUCCUAUGGCUUGUUCCAAGCAUCAGAUGAAAUCCAAAAAACUUUCUCAAUAAACGAAGUCACAGGAGAAAUACGACUGAAAAAGGAAUUGGAUUUUGAAAAAACUGAAUCUUAUCGUGUAGAAAUUGAGGCCACAGAUGGAGGAGGCCUUUCUGGAAAAGGCUCUGUGGUGAUAGAGGUGUUGGAUGUGAACGACAAUUCCCCAGAGCUGACCAUAUCUUCACUGACCAGCUCAGUCCCAGAAAAUGCUCCAGAAACGGUGGUUGCUAUCGUUCGAAUACGGGAUAGAGAUUCUGGAGAGAACGGGAAGAUGAUUUGUUCUAUUUCAGAUCAUGUGCCAUUCAUUUUAAAACCGUCUUACAAGAAUUUCUACACUCUGGUGACAGAGAGCCCUCUGGACAGAGAGAGCAGAGCUGAGUACAACAUCACCAUCACUGUCACCGACCUGGGCACACCCAGGCUCACAACCCAGCACACCAUAGCAGUCCAGGUGUCUGACAUCAACGACAACGCCCCCACCUUCACCCAAACAUCCUACACCAUGUUUGUCCGCGAGAACAACAGCCCUGCCCUGCACAUAGGCACCAUCAGCGCCACAGACUCAGACUCAGGCUCCAAUGCCCACAUCACCUACUCGCUGCUCCCGCCCCACGACCCACAGCUGGCCCUCGCCUCGCUCAUCUCCAUCAACGCAGACAACGGGCAGCUGUUCCUGCUCAGGGCUCUGGACUAUGAGACCCUGCAGUCCUUCGAGUUCCACGUGGCCGCCACAGAUCUAGGCUCGCCUGCGCUCAGCAGCCAAGCGCUGGUGCGUGUGCUGGUAAUGGAUGACAAUGACAAUUCACCCUUUGUGCUCUAUCCACUGCAGAACGCCUCAGCACCCUGCACCGAACUACUGCCCAGAGCGGCAGAGCCUGGCUACCUGGUUACCAAGGUGGUGGCAGUGGACCGUGACUCUGGCCAGAAUGCCUGGCUGUCGUUCCAGUUGCUCAAGGCCACCGAACCAGGACUGUUCAGCGUGUGGGCGCACAAUGGCGAGGUGCGCACCACCAGGCUGCUGAGCGAGCGCGAUGUGCCCAAGCACAGGCUGCUGCUGCUUGUCAAGGACAAUGGCGAUCCCCCGCGCUCCGCCAGCGUCACACUGCACGUGCUAGUGGUGGAUGGCUUCUCUCAGCCUUACUUGCCUCUGCCAGAGGUGGCGCAGGACCCUGCGCAGGGUGAUGGUGACUUGCUCACGCUCUACCUGGUCAUUGCCUUGGCCUCUGUGUCUUCUCUCUUUUUGUUGUCUGUGCUACUGUUCGUGGGAUUCAGGCUGUGCAAGAGGGCGAGGGCAGCUUCUCUGGGUGGCUGCUCUGUACCUGAGGGCCACUUUCCUGGCCACCUGGUGGAUGUUAGCGGAACUGGGACUCUGUCCCAGAGCUACCAGUAUGAGGUGUGUCUAACAGGAGACUCUGGGAUUGGUGAGUUCAAAUUCCUCAAACCCAUGGUCCCCAACCUAAUGGUUCAGGAUACUGGGAGAGAAACUACGGAAAAUCCUCACUGCAGGGAUAGUUUUGUAUUCAGCUAAGUAUGUAUUUCCUCAAGUGAUGUACAAAUGUUUUCUUUUAAGAAAUGAUCUUGUUUCUUAUGAAGUUUUCCGCUGGUUUA